ACUAAGGAGAGUUACAUUAUUUUAUUACUAUAUAAGAAGCACGAAUGCACAUAUAAACAAACAUUGACAUGUUCAUUUGAAACAGUCAAAUUUGAACACAAAUUCUUACAUUGAAGCUAUAUAAGAAAGAGUCUUUAAUUCAUAAACUCAUUCAUUGUUUAUCCAAAAACUCAUUCAUUGUCCUCUCAUUGUCAAAAUUUUCUAGCAAAUUUCCAAUAUUUACAUAACUUAAAGUGAGAAAAAUUAUGGGUCUUAUUGGAAAAAGUUUCACUUCUAAAUUGAAAAACAUGACAUCACUUGCAAUUUCUAGGAUUGCUAUCUUGAAGAAUCAUCGCAAAGCUAGAGCUUCUUAUGCAUUCUCUGAUGUUUCUCAACUCCUGAAUCUUGGUUACCAUGAUCAAGCUCUUGUUAGGGUGGAGCAGUGGAUUGUAGAGCAAAACAUGUUGGAUGCAUUUGUCAUGAUAGAAGAUUAUUGUAAUGUCCUAAGAGAAAGAGCUCAAGUACUUGAAAAUCACAAGGAAUGUCCAUUUGAUCUCAAGGAAGCAACAUGCAGCCUUAUCUUUGCAUCAUCAAGGUGUGGAGAAUUUCCAGAGUUGCACAAGAUACAAGAGAUUUUGACUUCAAAAUUUGGUAAAGAAUUUGCAGAUCAUGCUAUUAGAUUGCAUAAAACUAAUGGAGUGAACUCUGAGAUGAUACAAAAGCUUUCAUCAAGACACCCCACAUUGGAAAUCAAAAUGGAAGCUCUGAAGAAAAUUUCCUCAGAAAUUGGAGUUACUUUGCCUAUUAAGAAGAACCCUACAUUGAUAAAUAAGGACAAAUUGAAUGUUGACCAAAGACAACAUGAAGUAGAAACCAAAAAUUGUAGUAGUGUUAAUGAUGCUAAGCAUGAAGAAGAUAACCAACAUGAUCCUAAUCAAAAUAUGAUUGAAGAAGAAACCAAAUAUUGUAGUAGUGUUAAUGAUGCUAAGCAUGAAGAAGAGAAUCAACAUGAUGAUGAUCAAAAUGUAAUUAAGGAUAAUUAUCUAUUUGAUGUGAAUGAGGAAAGGAGGAGGAACAAAUAUGCUGCUGCUGCUGUUCAACAAGCUUUGGAAUUAGCAUCUUUUGAGAUUAGUAAAUACUCAAAUCAUAAGCAAAAGGAUAUAGUGAUUUCAAAAAGAAACUAUAGAAUUGAUAUUAAAGAAGAAUCACAAAUAAGUCAAAAUCCAAGAGAUGAAAUGAAGCCAACACCAAAGAAUGCAACAAAUUUAGUUUCCAAAGAAAAUGUGGAGGAAAAUGCAAAUAGAGAAAAUGAUAAUAAUGAUCACAAAAGUGAGUCUAAUGCAGCUAGAGAAAAUGAAGAUUUGAGUGAAGAAAAAGCACACCCUUCUUCACAUGCUAUUAGAUGGAAUAAUCAACAAAGGUCUCAAACUAAUCAUUCUGUAAGAACAUACUUUCCAAAGAAAAUGAAUACACAUCAUGAACAUUUGGAUUGGAAGAUGAUGUCAGUGAGGACCAGAUGAGCACACCAAUAAACCAGUGAUUUAAAAAUCGGACCGAACCAAGAAACGGCCAAUUUGUGGAUUGGUUUGAUCUCUGAUUGUACCUUAGUCUGGUUGAACUACUAUUUGUUCAACAAGUUCUUAUUUUUUCAUUUAUUUAUGUGUUUGUUAUCUGGUUUAACAAUGGUGAACUCAAACCAAUUAAACUAUAACUGAAAUUUUUCAC